ACCCACUAUUCAGGUGAAAUCUGAUGGUCUGCAAUUGCCAAGCCAGGAAACACCAGCUGGAAAAAGAAUAAUGGAAAAUUGCACAGACACAAAUAACAGCUCCAUUUGCACAGGAAUUCCCUACAAAGACAGCAAGACACUUCUGGUUGCUGUUUACAGCAUUGUUUUUGCCAUAGGCCUUCCAGCAAAUUGCUUAACUUCCCUGCUUACGUUCAUACAAAUCCAAAGGAAUAAAGUAAUUGCCAUCUACAUUUUCAGUUUAUCAUUGUGUGAGCUGACGUAUUUAAGUACCUUGCCUCUCUGGAUUCUCUACGUGCAAAAUGAUCACCAGUGGACUAUGAGUGAAAAAGCUUGCAGAGUAACAGGAUUCAUCUUUUUCUGCAACAUAUACAUCAGCAUUCUGCUUUUGUGCUCCAUUUCUGUGGAUCGUUAUGUGGCACUGGUGUAUGCUCUGGAAUCAAGGGGAAGAAGAGGACAGAAAAAGGCAAUCAUAAUAGUGUUUUUUCUCUUUGCUGUGGUUGCAAUAAUCUAUGUUCCAGUAUUUUACAUGGAAGAUAAUCCAGGUAGUAAGACCUGCUUUGAGACUUUGCCCCUUGACAUAAAAUUGGCUUCUUUCAGCUUUGCUAGAUUCUUAUUCGGAUUUGCCAUACCUUUUACAAUCCUCAUUUUCACAAACUAUAAAAUUUUCCAAAGUACUAAAACAAGCAGCAGCUUGACUUGUCGUCAAAAAGCCAAAGUGAAAUAUCUGGCUAUUGCCAUCAUUAUCAUUUUCCUGAUGUGCUUUGCUCCCUACCAUGUGGUACUCAUAAUAAGAUCCAUAUACUUCAUGUUUCAUCAAAAUUGCUCAUGUCCAUUUGAAGAAGACAUUUAUUCAGUUUUUACAGUGUUUCUGUGUUUAGCCACUGCAAACAGCAUUGCUGAUCCAAUCAUCUAUGUUCUGGUUAGUGAAAAUGUCAGAAAAGACUUUUAUAGGAGUCUGAGAAGAUGGAGAUUGAACUCAUCCAGGCUAAAUUCAUCCAUUAAUCACAAGAGUGACAGCAUAAAAUGGAAAAUGUCAAAAGAAUCACAGGAAGGAGGGCUAAGAGAAGAAAACAAAGAAAUAACAGAUUCAUCUGACAUUCAGAAAACCUGUAAUAGCGGCAAAGACCAAGAAGGUGGAAGCUAG